GUGCAGCUCUCUCCAUCUAAAACCAUGUAUAACAGUUAAGGAUUGUUUGAACUGCUGAUUCGAGUAGAAGUGUUGGGGGAUUGGUUUGUCGUCUUUUACUGACUAUAUCUAAACCUGUUACGGGGGCUGUUCAUCAACAAAGAGCAGCAGACUGACGUACCGCGCGCAUGAAGAGAUGUGGGCCUUUGGGGCAGGGCAGAUUUGUCCUGAAUAAAACGGGCUUGGCAAUGGAACGGUGGCGAUGCUAGGGUUACCAUGGGCAGCGUCACUCUGCGCUACUUCUGCUAUGGGUGUCUCUUCACAUCGGUGACCUGGACCCUCCUGCUCUUCCUGUACUUCACCCUCAGCCAGGAGAGUCCGCCCUUCAAAUAUGUGCCCGUCCCGGGGGGCCAGUCCUUCAACUUCCAGCACCGCUUCCAGCCCCGCUUCACCCGGGCCCCGGGGCCCGCGCCCCUGCCCCAGGACCCGCCCAGGGAGCAGCCCCGCAGAGCGCCCGUCCCGGGCAGGAAGGCCGCGGACCUCUCCCCGGAGAUGGGUAUGAUCUUCAAUGAGCAGGACCAGGAGAUUCGAGACAUGGGUUAUCACAAGCAUGCUUUCAACGUGCUCAUAAGCAACCGUCUGGGAUACCAUAGAGACCUGCCUGACACGAGAAAUGAAAAGUGUAAGGAGAAGCUGUACCCUCUGGCUCUGCCCUCUGCCAGCGUGGUGAUCUGCUUCUUCAACGAGGCCUUCUCUGCCCUGCUGAGGACGGUGCACAGCGUGCUGGACCGCACGCCCGCCUACCUGCUGCACGAGAUCAUCCUGGUGGACGACAACAGCGAGCUGGCCGACCUGAAGGAGGAGCUGGACGCCUACGUCCGCCUGAACCUCCCCGGGAAGGUGAAGCUGGUGCGGAACCAGAAGCGCGAGGGCCUGAUCAGGGGGCGGGUCAUCGGCGCCUCUCACGCCACGGGGGAGGUGCUGGUCUUCCUGGACAGCCACUGCGAGGUGAACGAGCUGUGGCUGCAGCCGCUGCUGACUCCCAUCAAGGAGGACCGGCGGACGGUGGUGUGCCCCGUCAUCGACAUCAUCAGCGCCGACACGCUGGUCUACAGCCCCUCCCCCAUCGUCAGAGGAGGUUUCAACUGGGGCCUGCACUUCAAGUGGGACCCUGUGCCCCUGUCAGAGCUGAACAGCCCAGACGGAGCCAUCGCACCAAUCAGGUCUCCAACGAUGGCCGGGGGUCUGUUCGCCAUGGACAGGAAGUACUUCAACGACCUGGGGCAGUACGACAGCGGCAUGGACAUCUGGGGAGGGGAGAACCUGGAGAUCUCAUUCAGGAUCUGGAUGUGCGGCGGCCAGCUCCUGAUCAUUCCAUGCUCGAGGGUGGGGCACAUUUUCCGGAAAAGACGACCCUACGGUUCGCCGGGAGGGCAGGACACCAUGGCCCAUAAUUCCCUGCGCCUGGCCCACGUGUGGAUGGACGAGUACAAGGAGCAGUACUUCGCCCUGCGGCCGGAGCUGAGGACGCGGAGCUACGGCGACAUCGGCGAGCGGCUGGCCGUGCGCAAGCGGCUGCAGUGCCGCUCCUUCAGGUGGUACCUGGACAACAUCUACCCCGAGAUGCAGGUGUCCGCCCCUCACAACAAGGCCCAGCAGCCCGUCUUCGUCAACAAGGGGCUGAGGAGGCCGAAGGUGCUGCAGCGCGGAAGGCUCCGCAACCUGCAGGUGAACAAGUGUCUGGUGGCUCAGGGCCGCCCCAGUCAGAAGGGCGGGGUCGUGGUGGUGAAGGGCUGCGACCUCAACGACCCAGAGCAGGAGUGGGCUUACGACGAGGAGCACGAGCUGAUCCUGGCCGGGCUGCUGUGCCUGGACAUGUCGGAGAUCCGCUCGUCCGACCCGCCCCGCCUCAUGAAGUGCCACGGCUCGGGGGGGUCGCAGCAGUGGACCCUGGGGAAGAGUAACCGCCUGUACCAGGUCUCCGUCGGCCAGUGUUUGGCCGUUAUGGACCCGCUCAGCCCCAAAGGGUACGUCGCCAUGGCGAUAUGCGACGGAUCGCAGUCUCAGCAAUGGCAGCUGGAGGACUGAUGCUGCCGAGCGGUCGGAGGGGGUCGGGGCCACAUAAUUCAUAAACCCUCAUCUCCGGGCCUGGGCCCCUGAACCCCACCGCCCCGCCCGCGGUCCCCUGCACUACCGCGCCCUUCCCAGAAGGCAGAGGAAAGCGGGCUGUCUUUCUGGUCCAGGAGCCACAGCUUUCAUCAACCGGCGAACUCGCCAACCAGUCAGCUACUCUAUCGGCUGACACGCAGCCCAGUUACCAGGUAGUAGGACCUAGCUGCAGGCCUAGCCAUAGCUCAAACUGUUAUCGUGCGCUAUUGGUCAGUCUUAUUUUUACUUUUUUUUCCCCCAGAAAUGUAUUUUCCUUUUCUGGUUUUUAGAAACUAUUCUCAAAUCUUGUACUACAGUUAUAAAUUGUUUUUAUUGCGAAGUGUUAUUUAUAAUCACUGUUUUAAGUCAUGAUUUUUUUUUUUUUUUUCAAAUUUGUUUGCACAGUAAAGGGUAGCUUUUCUCUAUUUUGGUGUUGCGUUCCAAAAUAAGUUUACAGAAAAGUACCACUUGACAGUAAAAGGCACCAUUUAAAAAAAAAAAAAACAAUCUAAAUAGUAUUAUUCCAAUUAUUGUAAUGUAUGUAAGUGAUGACAAAGAAAUGUUUUGUGAAAAUGCGAAGCAUUUUUGAAAUCUGCACAAUAAAGCUCCGUUAUGCAGUUGUCCUCGGAAGAAAAAAAAAAAACAAAUCAUAUGAAAUAUAGUCAAAAACAUAUUGAUCACUGGAAUUUACUUGCUUUUGAAAAUUCAUGGCUUUUCACUGCAGUUAGACCCGGAGGUAGAUUUGGGUAGUGGUCAGAAUGCUCUUCGGAGCGACUGAGUGGCAGUUUCUCUGAGGCGAGGUUGUGUGGAAGGAUGAGGAGCUGCAGGGUGCAGCGGAGCGCGUGCAGACGGGCGCUCUGACGGUCGGCAGGGAGGACUGAACGCAGCGGAGUGCCAGCGGUGUGCCGUGAAGCUGCCUCGGGCCCGGCCCAUCAACGCUGCGGAAACGGGGGCGGGGUGUUAGUGCAGCCUUCGGACACGAGUGUCUGCUUAAUGUGAAUGUAAACAGGUUUUAAAAUUUUGAAGAUGCAGUGUUUUUCUUUUUUUUUUUUUGUAAAUUAUGCAACCAAAUAAAGAGGUUUUAAUUCCGAA